GCACAAAAAGUCUAUUAAACGUAGCACUAAAGUCUGUCAGCUAUUGUCACCACCCUACGAGGAGUUAAACUGUAGUGGCGUGUUAGUGGGGUAGUUAAUCUUCCCUGUAUUCGGACAGAGUCCUCAGAGUACGUCCAAGCAGGCUCCUCUCAGACUCUCUGGUGCUCCCUUCCCUCUAAGCGGAACCAAAGUUCACUCCGGAGAUGAAAAUGUCAGUUGUCUCUAACAAGCUGUGGUGCAUCCACAAACAGCUGAUUCUCCUGCUCACUCCACUGGUGUUCCUGCCGUUACUUUUUACUUUGCCGGAAAAGGAGGGAAAAUGUCUUUAUGUGGUGGUGCUGAUGGCUAUGUUUUGGUGCACAGAGGCCCUUCCUUUGGCCGUCACGGCAAUGCUACCGGUCUGCCUAUUCCCAACUCUGGGAAUUCUUCCGUCCAAAACAGUCUGUCCUCAGUACUUCCUGGAAACCAAUUUUCUUUUCCUCAGUGGUCUUGUGAUGGCGUCGUCCAUCGAGGAGUGGGGCCUGCAUCGCAGAAUCGCCCUAAAGGUCCUCACUAUUGUCGGAGUAAAACCAGCCUGGCUUAUAAUGGGAAUGAUGCUGACCUCGUCGUUCCUGUCCAUGUGGCUUAGCAACACCGCCACCACAGCCAUGAUGCUCCCUAUUGCUAAUGCCAUUCUGGAGAGUCUGUUUGGAGACCUGGAGACCCUGAAACGGAAGAGCAAGUCCACAGAAGACCCUGACAAUGACCAAAUAAAUGGUACUUUUAUUACUUGUUUACGGUUCAUUUGAAACAAUCAUGUCUCUUACGACAUCAAAAGCACAGAUGAGACGGAGCAGAGUGACACGAGGACAGCUGAGGAGGUCCAAACGGAGUCUGCGUAUCAGCUGAAGGUGUGGAAAGGAUUCUUGAUCUGUAUUCCCUAUGCAGCCAGUAUCGGCGGGACCGCCACGCUGACAGGCACCGCGCCCAACCUCAUCCUGAUUGGACAGCUGAAAAGCUACUUUCCAGACUGCGACCUCAUCAAUUUCGGCUCUUGGUUUGCAUUCGCGUUCCCGCUCAUGCUUCUCUUCCUGUUUUUGGGCUGGAUUUGGAUCGCGUUUCUCCACGGGGGAUUGAACACGCGAUUGUGCUUCACGCAACACGACCGGAGAGCCAAGGCAGAGGCCAGAGCAAAGGCUCUAAUAGAAGAAGAUUACAGAAAUCUAGGGCCCAUAAAUUUUGCAGAGGGAUCGAUUGCUUUCUUUUUUGUGUUGUUUGCUGUUCUGCUGUUCACAAGAGAUCCUAAAUUUGUCACUGGCUGGUCUGUGUUUUUUAAAAAAGGGUAUGUCUCAGACGCAGUCACUGGAGUGAUCAUUGUGUCCAUAUUGUUCUUCUUCCCCUCGCAGAAACCUUCUCUGAACUGGUGGUUCGACCCUCAUGCAUCAAACACACCUUAUGUCCCACUCCUAUCAUGGAAGAAAGCUCAGGACUCUGUUCCCUGGAAUAUCAUCCUGUUGCUCGGAGGCGGCUUCGCUAUGGCUAAAGCUUGUGAGGAGUCUGGACUGGCCUCCUGGAUCGGAGGCCACCUCCAGCCUUUGGCCGAGGUCCCUCCUGCUGCAGCUGUGAUGUUGAUCACUGCGUUCCUGGCCCUUUUCACUGAGUUCGCCAGCAACACUGCCACAAUUAUCAUAUUUCUACCCGUCAUUGCUGAACUGGCUCUUCGUGUCUCAGUGAACCCUCUGUACUUUAUGAUGCCUGCAACAGUAGGAUGUUCAUAUGCCUUCAUGCUGCCAGUGUCCACACCACCCAACUCCAUCGCCUUCGCAACGGGACAUCUCAUGGUCAAAGACAUGGUGAAAACUGGCAUUGUGAUGAACAUCCUGGGUAUCCUCUCGGUCUCUUUGGCCAUGAAUACGUGGGGCGUUGCCAUGUUUGACUUGAACGUGUAUCCAGAAUGGGCUCACCCCAUCAACAUGUCUGCUGUUGUCACUGAUGUGCACCUAUCACCUGUCCAGUCACUCAACGCUACGCUCUGAUCACUCACCCAAAGACUAUCUGAAGAUUGUGCAAAGAUUUAACACUAAACAGGGACAAAAGUCUGUCCGUAGCAGUCUUCAUUGCGUCACUAAAAUGUCUGAAGCCUCUGGGAGAUUCAGCUGUUACCGUUCAGUGAUGAUUUAAAUAAGUUUGUUACUCAAGUGUCUUUUUGGUCUCUCGAGUGACAAGAUUUCAUGCUGGAAACAAUUGGUAAUGGCAUACUCCAAGUUUUAAGUUAAAAGAUGAUAAAACAAGUUACAUUUUUUUGUUCUUACACUUAACCUCAAUAACAAUGACAGCGAGAGCUCUGAAGAGUUCUCUUUAAAAUAUUUUAGGAAGCUCCACAGUCAGACUGCAGAGUAUGCUGUUUGUAUCAAUGCUAGACUGACCUCCGCUGGAAGAAUGAGAGGCAACUCUGUGAAUAAUUAUUUUUAAAGAUAUAUUUUUUUUUGGUUAAAAUCACUGAGAGAUCAUGUUACUUGUUGAUGUAUUACAUGGUCCAUGUUUAAAGCCAUAGUACAUACACAGUAUUUUAAAUCUUUUCUACAUUAGAGUAUGAAUCCUGUCUAAUAAAAGUGUAAAUGAUAAUUUGCAUUCAUA